GGGCGACAAUAUCAUGAGCAAUGCCAACUUAAAUAAAAUAAAAAUAGAUGCAAGUAUCUUACGAUUCAUGAUAUUUAUCGGCCGAUAAAUAUCAUGAAGUGAGAAAAGAAAAAAAUGAAAUCAUAGUCUGAAUUUAGAAGUUCAGCUGUUCUGAUACUUCUUAUCUCGGACGAAUGCAAAAUUUACGUUUUUUCCUAACUGCCAGUAUGUCAUGUAUUUGAAGGAUAUAGUAGAGCAGAGGCAAGUUGCAGAUUGGGAGAGAGUAUGAUGUUGGAAAGGGACAAGAGAUGUAAAAGUUUAUUGAUUGUUCUCAUCUAAGAAGUAUGAUGCAAGGCAUUCCUAGAAUACUUGAUUGAGAAUCUGUUUAAAUACAUUUUGUCCAGUGGGGUUGAAGAAAAUACAGGAGGCAACAAAAUGAAGUGUCUUCUUCCUUCAUACCUGUACAUACUGUCUUGAUCAAGUGAAUCAUCAUAAAAACAAUUGGAUAUUGCCACUGUGAUUGAGAAAGGGAAGGCUUGAGUGCUCUAUUCCCACCUUGCUAUGAUGUCAUCAGUGAGAUGAAUGGUCCUUCCCACAUAUUGAGUUUUAGAAUAUCCUGGAAAGUGAUUUUGUUCACUAAGCUUGAAGGAGAGUGAUGAACCGGUCAAGUUGGCAGCUUUGAUUUCCAGAUAGAUAUAAUGCCGUAUUGAAGCUCUUUAUUACCUGAGUUUUUUUUUCUUUAAUUAGGCCUUGUCAUGGAUAUACACUGCUCAUACAGUAGUCACAUACUAAAUUUGGCAAUUUCUUUUAAACAGAAAUUCACAGUUUGAUCCUGAUAAAUUAUGAUUAUAAUAGAAGCAUUACAGCAGUUUCAAAUUUUAAAAGAUUUAUAAUUAUACUUAUUUCACUGCGAAAGUUUAUAUUUUGAGUGCCAGUGAUUCUACAAUUAUGAUACGUUUCAUUCAAUUCUCUCCCCUUUUUUCUAUUACAGGGCCAAGAUGAGCAGCUUCCCUGCAUGGCCAGGAAGAAUUGUAAAGCCAUGGAAGAAUGUUAAGAAGCCAGCAGGCAAGAAAGCUGUUCGCUUUGUCUUCUUCUUUGGUACUGAAGACCAUGCUUGGGUGAAGGAGGAAAGUCUGAAGCAUUACGAAGAGAACAAAGCUACACUCUCUAAGGCAGGAAAGGGGGCCAAGUUCACCAAGGCCAUUGAUGCCAUUGAAGAGGCUAUCGUCAAGAACCAGGCUAGCAAGUCUGACAUGGAAUCAAAUGAACAAUCAGUAGGAACUCCAGCUGAGGGCCAGACCACUUCCCCAUACCACCCUCCAUCGGAUGAUGAUGAUGACGAUGAUGAUAUUUUCUUGAAGUCUAUCAGCAAACCAACUAAAGAUUAUUCCAGAGAACCUAUGGCAGGGAAGAAGAAGUUAAACUCCUCACAGUCAGCAUCAUCUCCUGGUAGCUCACCGAGGAAAGGGUCAAAUUCCAGCUCCCCCUUCACCAAGAUCAAUACACCACUUGCAUCCCCCAAGAAACGGGGAAGGCCCUUUAAAACCUUGGAAGAUGGAGAGGUGACCAAGAAACCAACACCCAAAAAGAGGCCGAGUACGGGUGCAAGUACAGCAGCUCCUGGUAAGAAGUCCCGUUCAGAUAUGUCGUUCCUGUCCCUCAAUUUGUACAACAGUUUUCAGGCCCAUCUUGCUCAGAAAGGAGAAACAGCAAAGAAAGACAUAAAACCUACAGAGAAAAAGAUUGGUUUCAUUGGUCUUGGUCUAAUGGGUACUGGUAUGGCAAUGAAUCUAAUCAAAGCAGGUCACGAUGUCACUGUCUGGAACAGGACAUCAGAAAAGGUAAGAUUCCUUGAUCAUCUCUCAUUUCUACCCAGGCUGUGCAACACUCAAGUCCCAGUUUUCCCUGAUUUGGAAAAGGGAAAAUUUUCAGGGAAUUCAGGAAGAACAUGGAAUUCACAGUAUUUCACAGAAAACACAAGUUUUCAGGCCCAAACAAAUUCUAAAAAUUGAAUUCUAAAAAAACACAGUGAAAACCAUGAAAAUCAAAGCAAAUCCAAAUCUACAAAACCAUGCAUUGAUUGUAAAUCUGUUGAUCAAUCCAGUUCACAGUAUUUAGCAUGUGUUUGCCAAGCUUUUUUUUCCUAAGAAAUUCACUGUUACAUUUGCUUCAUGAUAUAUUUACUGGUUGCCUUCUUGUAAACCCGCAAUAUCUCUAAGGUUGCAUUAAUCAUUAAAAGGUUUUUAAAAAAGUGAUAAAAAUCAUUAAAAAAAUCUAAGGUUGCAUAAAAGUUUGCAUGACUCAAGAGUUGUGGUUGAACAAAUGUAUGCUAGCAACCAUCAGAGAUCAUUUUUGAAUUACCAUCAUGAGGCUGCUUACUUGACAAUCGGAGCUCAACGUGCAAUAUUCUACUGUUGCUAUUUAAGUAUUACACAGGGGUGCAUGUUUGGAGUUACAGAAACCAAGAUGUAGCAGGCCCCUCUCAUAAUAUUUUUGCCCUAUCGGAGUAACUUUCCUCUUUUUUUCUUGGACAGCAUUCUGUCUACAGUCAAUCAGGGUUACUUCGGACUAUACUUGAAAAAGAUAGAUGUGUAUCCCCAUUUACCACCAAUAAUAUUCACUUCUCUGCUAUUACUAAAUUACUGCCCCACACAAUAUAUUUGCUAAGGAGAUAUCUUUUUCCAAUGUAUGACUGCCAUUCAAAUAUCGAUGGGAUUUUACAGUCUCUGAUACACUCAAGACAUUACUCGCAGGUUGUAUUAUUCUACUAGUCAUCUCACACACCAUAAAAUGAUAAUAAUGAUAUUAGGCAUAGGCAUUUACAAUGUAUAUAGCACCAUCUAUCUAAAUAUAACUACUCCCAUUCUUACUGUUAGUGUUAGUAUUCCCCCAGCUUAAGCUUGAGCUGCCGCUACCAGCACUCAAUGCGUGGAAGGAACUCAUCCUUGGGUCAAUGUCUUAAAACCAUUUUCAAGCUUCCAUUUGCGACAUGUGUGUCAAAUCUCUUGCAAACGAAUCAGUUUCCAGUACCAGAAAAGCGAGGGCCCAAUCUACAUAGAAGCUCAUCUUCCUGUCUGGAGAUAUGUAGCAUCUUCUUCCGUUAUUAUUUUACUCUUAUCCUGUUGUGAAGAUCAGUUAAUGACACCCUUGAUCAAUAAAAACUUGUAAAGUGGAGGUGAACGUGUAGACUGGUGAAAGAGCAUGGUACUUUGUUCAUGUUACCAGAUUUACGUCAUAUAAUAAUAUUAUUCCACUUUUGUGUAGCCCUUGAUACAUCAGAGCAACUUCUCUAAGCACCUUACAAAGAUAUUAUUUCCCCUGUCAUCGGAUCCGACUUUCCUGCAUGUAAUGUUUGCACUUUCUUUUCCUCGAUUACAAGGCAUGCUGCAUUGCCUUGAUAAAAAUGAAAUAGGAAAAUAUAAAAAGUCACUUGUGCUAUGUUGAAGGAAUUCAAUCCAUGGUAUACUAGAGUUUUGAUCCAAACUGCUUGCCCAUGCAGUGCUUCCACCUAAUUGUAUCCAUGUCAUUGCUGCACUGUUAUAUGGCUUUUUGUAUGUAUUCUUUAGAGUGCCAUGUUAAAGGGAAGUACACGCUGACAUUCAGAUUAGUGUAAAAAUAGCAGAAAAAUAAUAAGAAACUCAAUUUUAAUUUGUCAUGAGGACAAAUUACAUGUAGGUGAUCUGUCUCUGAUUCUCAUGAUCAUGAAUACGAUCGCCAUGUUUAUUCAGAUCAAUAUGAUCAUCAUGAUGAAAACUGAACUGUUAUUCUGAAAAGAAUGUGUUGAUAAUUUUUGAAAAAUGGGAAAUGAGAAAGUUGUGUGAAAAGGUAUAUGAAGAAAGGGAUUUUGAUCUCUUUUAUUGUGCAAUAUUUUCACUUUUAUACCUUAUAAUGGUCAUAAAGGACCAUGUGCCAAAUGAUGAAAAGGAAAAAAAGGGCGGAAAAUACUCAUUUUCACCCUUGGGCUCGAACCCGUGCUCCCAUGACCACUUGAGAUGUAAGUCUGAUGCCAUACCGAUUUAGCUACACUAUUUCCCAUAGACUUUACACAUAAGCAAAAUACAAGAAUCUGAAACUCAAUUUUGCAAGUGAAACACGGGCAUGAUCCCGGCGUCUGAUCGGAAAAUGAAGGGCACAGUUGUGAAAGCUUAGAAUCUCAGCAACAACAUAUUCAAAGCUCAGGGAAAGCCGAUAAUAAGCAAUGGAGAUAUAGCUCAUGAAAAAGAGAAAUGUAGAAUCCAGUUUUUGAGAAAAAGUCAUCUCUCAUAGGGAUAACACGUAAAAUGAGCAAAAAUGACAUGCUUCUAUAAAUUGCCAUUUUUCAGGAUGAUCCAUUCCUUUAAAUGAAAAAUUAAGGCAAUAAUUCAGAAAGAGUAAGCCCUCAGCUACACGCCUACAACAUAUCGAAAAUUGGGCAAAAAUCAACCAAUAUUUACAGAGUAAGAGUCAAAUUUGCACAAUUCUGAUGACGUCAUAACACGCAAAAUGACAAUUUUGAAUUCCAACGCUAUUUUGAUGACGUCAUGACAUUAUUGAGGGUCAAAUAAGACAUGAAAUCAUAUUACGAUUUAUACUCUAUCCUAAUAUGAAAUAAAAAUUGGGGGUCAACGCUUUUUCUGAAGAGCUAUAAUGAAUUUUGUGUGAGAAUGUUUUUGUACAUAUAUGGCCUAUGGUGAGAGAGCGUGUGUGCGGGUGCUGUAGACUUCUAUGGAGGUUCAACCCUAAAAAGACUGGGGGGGGCUGAUUCAGCCCCCCCCCCCUCGACAUUUUUCGCGAUAAAUCUUUAACGCGAAAAGCUGGCGCCGCGCCGUUCCAUGACUUUUUUCUUUCAAGUCUUGCGCAACUUUUGAGACCAAAUUUGCGACGCCCGGGUACGUGGUUCCGAAAUUACGCAACAAUUUGUAAGUGCAUGUCGACCCGAAAUUGCUCAAAAACGUGAAUUUGUGUACAAAUCCAAUGCAAAUUGUGUUUUUAGCCAAAAUUCCUAAAUGUAUCAUUAUUUUCAAUUUUACUAAUCAAAAUCAAUUAAUUUCAUCUUGUUUAGGGUCAAAAUAAAGUAGCGGACGAUUUCCAUUG